UAAAUUUAAUAAAGACAAAUUUAAAUUUCAAGCACGUAAAUUAAAGCAAAUUGUCAGUGUGUUAAAUAAAAAAUCAAACGUAAUUUAGAAAAAAAAAAUUCUUUAGAAAAAAAACUAAAAAAUUCAAAAUUCUAAAAAGAAAAAACUUUCUCGACAAUGCAGUCACUAAACCACUUCAAGUGUCGCACUAAUUGCAAACACCAAGAAUGUCAACGUCAUGCUUACUUGGGGGUGGUGGACCGCAACGAGGCACCCGACUGCGGCGGCACUCAACAAGAGCUGACGGGCUCUUCAAUUUUCUUGGAAAAUGUCAUAGAUUUAUCACACACUUUGGCACAGAUUAUGAUUUUAUGCGGCAUACAUGAGUGUAAAGCAAAAACCUCGGUAGACAUUAUAACUUACUCUUUGCUGCAUUAUGAUUUGGUGUGCUACUGCCUGGAUGCCACACCAACGAAGAGAUUACGCAAAGAGGAUAUUUUUCAUGAAUUGGGUAGAAAGUGUCUGAUGAAUCGUGUGGAGGCUCAUUUGUGUUAUAAUAUCAUCAAAAGAGGCUUUAAGGCUUUCUACUAUAGACCUCAAGGCCAGGAGGCAGAGGAAGGGAAAGAGAAUGAUAAGCCUACAUUUUCCCAGGAAUGUGUUUAUGUGCAUGCUGCCAAAAAGACAGCAGAAGCUUAUGCUCAAUUUGAGGGUUUGUCUUGUGAUGAACAACGUGGUGUGGAGGCUAAAAUUAUGGCGGUCUAUAAGAAAUUCUAUGACCGUCUGCAAACACGACAAGCUAAGCCCGCUCAAGAAGAUUGUAAUUGUUGCUUUUGUGCCAAGACUAGAGGUCAUUUGGUUUAUGGUCAACCUCCACCUUGUGCUGAAAGCCCGGCCAAAAAAUCACAUACUUGUCCUCAUUGUUGUAAAAAGAAAAAAUCUCUUAAACUUAUACAUCCUCGUACUAUUACACCUAAAUGCCCGGUUUGUCAUCGUUCACGCAACUUUUGUACUUGUGCUAAAUAUGAAUUCGAUUUACAAUGGAUUGAUAGUAUUUGGUCUAGACCUGAUAUGCAGCUUUAUUAUGAAGAGAAUAUAGUGAAAGUACCUGUGGAAACUAUACCCGGUUGUUCUCCUCAAUGUGGCGAGGAGGAGAAGGGAGAAGAAAAUCAGCCAGGAGUAGAAGAGCCAGAAAUUGCUGGUCUAGGAGAGCAGGAAGAUAAAUAAGAGGAGAAAGGGAAUUAAAUGAAGGAUAAUUUAAGGGAUAAAUUUGAACUUAUGUGUGCGUGUUUUGUUUUUGCAAAAAAUUUUCUUAAAUUUGAUUUUUUCACAUAAAUUUCAUUGU